AUUACGGUCUCUCAAGCCAAGCAGAUAACAACUUUUUGGGAAAUAUGGCAAUGCAAGCAUUGAAUUGCUCAGAUGUCGCUUGUGCUCGUGCUCAAUCAGCUGAUGCCGUUUUGAAUGCUACCUUUGUCGCUUACACAGAUGGUCCACAACAAGAUGAAAGAAUUUCAGGUGGAACGCCUUGGCGUGGUAUGGUUGGUGAUUUGAUCACUUCUUCCAUUGCCACUACGACGCAUCUUUCAAAAGAUGUGAUCAUGACAACUGUUCAAAACGAAUUAGGUCCAACGACUGGAUACUACUUCAAUUAUCAACCUGCAGGCGCAACUACUUUGGACUUUGAAGGAACUCCAGACACUUUAGGACAAGCAGAAAAUAUUGUCUUUAAUCAAAAUCGAGGAAUCGUAGCGGCCAAUCAAACUAUCUAUCAAGUCACCGAGACAGAACCUGACGGUAUUCGAAUCAUGUUUGAAGAAAUCGGUACGGAUGGCGUUUGGAGAUGUGCAGUUCAAAGAAAUGCAUACACACUUGCAGGUGCAGGAUCAAAAGUUUACCUGGCAGAAUGGGAAAUUGGAAAAACAUAUAUUUCCAACAUCAAUAAUGAAUACUGCACAACCGAUAAUCGAGUUUGUCAUGAAGAUGAUAUUGAAUUAAUCUUUGGUACGGCUGCAAAUCCAACAGCAGAACAAACAAAAGCUUCUGAUAAUAUGCAAACACGUUAUUCAAACUUUGCAAAAUCUGGUAUUCCAAAUGCACCAAAUGCGCCUGCUUGGCAACCGGUCGUUUCUGCCACUGAAUUAAACAUGAUUCUCGUCAAUCCAUCUGGAGUGACUUCAAUCAAUCAAACACAGCAUGCACCUGCUUGUGCUGGAAGUGUUUGGGGAAACGUAGUCAAAUUUGAUUAUCAAUUGUAUACCGUUUGAAAAAGGGGAUGGUGGUAGGGAAUUGCACUUUAACGAAAAAG